UAUUAUAAACUCGCCCGGUUAAUGUGCACCGUAAUGAGAACAGAUCUGUACCAACAUGAGAGAAACUGCGUGUGCCUGUGAAGAAGAAGGCACUGGUCUUGUAGGUGGGAAACAAAGUGUCCUUGGAUGAGAGGGAAGCGGAGCGCAGUGGAGUUAAACAUCUUUAGCUAAAAGCUCAUCCCCGACUUGCCUCUCGCCGGUUCUUCUACAUCCACCCACUCCCACACCAUGUCAGGGCAUGUUGCCCCAGUGCCCCAGCAGGGGGAUCCCGCUGCUGCUUCCGUGCCCAGCCGUGGCUCCGGUCCAGGGGAACCCAUGGAUGUGGAAUGCCCCAUCUGCUACCAGGAGUACAACCGCUACAACAAAUGCCCCCGGAUGUUGGAGUGUCUCCACGUUUUUUGCACCGAAUGCCUCCAGAGGAUCCAGCUCUGCCCCCCCGACACCCACAGCCCACAAGCUGUUCCUUGCCCUCUCUGCCGCCAUCUGACCCCACUGGAAACCGGGGAUGCCCUCACCUUACCCUGCAACUCCCGCAUCCUGUCCAGGCUGCCCCCCGUGGCCUUCCACCUGCCCAUGACUGUGACCUCGCGGAUGGCUACAGUCACCCAGAGAGUGGUGCUCUCCAUGGAGGGCAACAGCAACAGGGACACCCGCUUCAUCAUCUUACCCACCGUCAGCCUGCGGGUGCAGCAGAUGCACCCUGACACGCCUUAUGGCACAGCGCCUGGCCUGGUGGGCGAAGAGGAAAUCAUACAGCAGAGCAAGAAGACGCUGUUUUGUGUGCAGAUCCUGGCUGUGAUCUUCUGGGUGCUGUUUGUGAUCACCUGUGUGUUCGGGGUGGUGUUUGGGCCACAUUUCCUGAACAGGAAAUUUUAGAGUUACAGAAACUGUUUGCAAGUCUUUUUCUAUUAACAUGUUUUUUCACAAGGGGUUGCUCCAGAAGACAGUUCUGCGUACGGGAUUUGAUAUAUUUUUUUGUGUUACAGUGGAUACUCUUCCUGACACAACUCCAAAGAGCUUUGUGUCUCCUCCUGAUCUCGAACUGGUGAUCUGUCACAUGCAAACUACUACACUAGAGUUCACUCCUUAAAUGUAUCCUUACUGAAUGCCUUCAGUAGAGAUUUUUAAUCAGUGAUAGCUUGAUAAAGCGUGCCCCCUAGUGGUUAAUAUGGAAACAAACAAACCCUGAGGUUUCUUUAAUAGUUCUCAUCAUACUUAUUAUGUUUGAUUAUAAUAUUUUGCAGCAGCUGACUCUGCUGCCAAAGAAUAAAAUUAAUGAGGUCCUCAGUCCUUUACUUUGUGCAGGGUGUACAUGUUUGGAAAUCAGUGAAAGUGGCCUAACUUUAAUAAUCUACUUGUGAACGCACAUGUAUGUAUUUCAUCAGUGUGCACUCAUUUCUCUCACCUGUGAUGUAAACUACAGCAAACGUAGUUUGCUGAACACUUCUGCCCCAUUAUGGAUAUUUAGAACAAUUUUCAUGGUAAGUGAUAGUAAUUUCUCUGUGCUUAAUAUGUUGGUAUUAUGUUUUGUGGAGUUGUAAUUAUUACAUUUGUAAUAGCCAGAUUAAAUGUUUCAUUAGCUGUAAUAAUGAUAUUUAACAGUGCUAAGUACGUUUUUAUAUUCCUACUGGAUUUCUCUGUGGUGUGUUUGUGUGUGUGUUAAACUUUUUUUUGUGUGUGAACCUUAUGUCUUGCCAUUUUGUAGUUAAUCCUUUUCACGAUAAAUCUGACUUUGAAUUGGAUCAUUAACAUCUAAGGUGUAGAAGGAUGGAAACAGGGAGCUCAAUUUUGUGCCCUUAAGUUAUAAAUAAAGAUGAGAAAUAAGAUGUG